AACAAACCACAGGUGUUUGGAUUUUUUUGCAACUGUAGGGUAUUCUAUGUACAAUCUGAAAGUUGAGGGUUUAAAUCUGGAAGAAUGACUUAAUGUUGUGAACAUGAUCCCUCUCUUCUCGCUGCCUACUCACGCUUCAGUUUACAGUCUCUCUCCGUUCUCUCCGCCGUACCUCUCACGACUGACAUCAAAAACCAUCGGAAUCCGCCGUUGAGCCUGCCAAGGUCGCCUUCUCCUAUUACUCCAUUGAUUCCACCAAGCUUCUUCACUCCUCCCUCUCCUUAAAGCAUUGCAGGAGAGGAAAAGAAAUCUGAUUGAAAAUUGAAGCUGCCAAACAAUGGUAGCUAAGAAAGGUGUAAAAGCAGGAGCAGCAGAAGAUGGUGUAGAUGAUUUGCCACGAGUUCCAUUGCAAGCCAUUCUUUUAGCUGACAGCUUCACCACAAAGUUCAGACCUAUUACCCUUGAAUGUCCAAAAGUUCUUUUACCAUUAGUCAACACCCCCAUGAUUGAUUACACAUUAGCAUGGCUUGAAUCUGCUGAUGUUGAAGAGGUUUUUGUGUUCUGUUGUUCACAUUCCAAGCAAAUAAUCAACUAUUUAGACAAGUCCAAAUGGGUUAAUCAACCAAACUUUUCAGUCACAACAAUCGAAUCCCACAAUUGCAUUAGUGCUGGUGAUGCUUUACGUUUAAUAUACGAACGUAAUGUGAUUCAAGGUGAUUUCAUUCUUGUUAGUGGAGACACAGUCAGCAACAUGAUGCUCACACAAGCCCUUCAAGAACACAAAGAGAGAAGACAAAGGGACAACAAUGCUGUCAUGACAAUGGUCAUCAAGCAAUCAAAACCUUCUCAAGUUACACGCCAAACACGUCUUGGAACAGACGAAUUAAUCAUGGCCAUUGAUCCUGCUACAAAGCAACUCCUGUUCUAUGAAGACAAAGCAGAUGAUCGCAAAGGAUCCUUAACUCUUGAUAAGUCAUUUCUUGCUCAAAACCCUUCUUUAUCUUUACACAAUGAUAAACAAGAUUGUUACAUAGACAUAUGCUCACCAGAAGUCCUUAGUCUUUUCACAGACAAUUUUGAUUACCAACACCUUCGUCGCCACUUUGUGAAAGGUUUACUUGUUGAUGACAUCAUGGGUUACAAAAUCUUCACUCAUGAAAUCCAUUCAAGUUAUGCUGCUCGAAUUGAUAACUUUAGAAGCUAUGACUCCAUAAGUAAAGACAUAAUUCAAAGGUGGACAUACCCUUUAGUGCCAGAUGUCCAGUUUUCAAUCAACAAUGCCACCAAACUUGAAAGACACGGGAUUUAUCGCGCAUCCAACAUAACACAGUCUCGUUCUUCACAAGUGGGGCCCUUUACAUAUAUCGGGAAAGACACCUUUAUUGGACACAACACAAGAAUAUCAAAUUCGGUUGUUGGGGAUGGGUGUAAAAUCGGUUCUAAUGUUGCCAUUGAUGGAUGCUAUAUAUGGAAUAAUGUAACAAUACAAGAUGGAUGCAAACUAAGGCAUGCGAUAUUAUGCGAUGGAGUUGUGAUGAAGUCAGGGGCAGUUUUGGAACCUGGUGUUGUUUUGUCUUAUAAAGUUGUUGUGGGACAAGAAUUUGUUGUCCCGGGUUACUCAAAAGUUUCUUUACUUCCACAACCAGUGAAACAAGAUAGUGAUGAGGAGCUUGAAUAUGCUGAUAGUAAUAGUGGGAUCAUAGAAACAACAAACACCCUUGAAAAUGGUGAUUCAACAAAUGAUUGUGUUGUAUCUGAGAUUGGUAAAAAUGGGCGUGGUUUCAUUUGGUCAAUGAGUGAAGUUGACCAUGAAGAAGAAUGGAGACAUUCGGUUGCACCAAUACCUGAAUCGAAACUUAUCGAGCUCACACAAGCGGUUUAUGAUGAUCUUGAAGCUUUAAUCCAAGAUGACUCUUUUCUUCCACUUUCUGAUGUAAGAGAAUCCGAUACUGAAUCUGAUGAUGAUAAUAGAGACGAGUCACAGUACUUUGAGAAAGAGGUUGAAGCGACAUUCUUGAGGGGGGUUAAUGAAAAUGUGAAAGAUGACCAUAUUAUCCUUGAAGUGAACUCCCUUCGGUUGUCAUACAAUAUGGCUCUUGAGAAUUGUGCUAGUGCUUUGUUUUAUUCCAUGAUGAAAUUGGCGCUUGAUAUUUCACGUAAUUCUGGUAAAGAUUUGGUGAAGAGCACGAAUGAUGUGAUUUCUCAAUGGGGGAAGUUGUUGAAACCUUAUUUAAAUGGUAUUGAUGAUGAAAUUGAAGUGAUAUUGAAAUUUGAAGAAAUGUGUUUGGAGUCUGGGAAGGAGUUUGCAAUACUGUUUGUGCAGAUUUUGCAUGUUUUGUAUGAUAAAGAUAUAAUUCAAGAGGAGGCGAUUCUUAAUUGGGCAAGUGAGAAAGAAGAUGCAGAUGAAUCGGAUAAAAUAUUCGUUAAGCAAUCGGAGAAGUUUAUUCAGUGGCUGAAUGAGGCGUCUGAAGAAGAGGAUUGAAAAAGUCAAGGUUGAAUGAAGGAGGUGUAGAAGUGAAGAUAAACAUGGUUGGUUGUUGAGUCUACCAAUGAGUUGGUUUUUUGAGCUGUUGAAAUCUAUGUUUGUGCUUACAUUUGGGAUGAUUUAAGAUUUAAACAUAGAUUUAGAUUUUGGUAGAAAUUUAGGUAAGAUUGAUGAUAUCAUAUGGUUAUUUAAUUCCUGUCAUGGGAGAGUGAGUUUGUCCUUGCUAUUUUGUAUCAACUGGGAUAUUUAUUUUUGCAAGUAUUAUUUUUGCAAGUA